CUUUGGCGGAAGUGAGUUUAUUUUUGAAAAUUUGGAUGAAAUUUGAUAAUUGUAUCAUCUCUUGACCAUGGAGACUCUAUUUUGUGAUGACCAUAAACAUCCAUGCUACUUGAAGACUGGUACAAAGGAGGGGCCAAACAAAGGCCUGAGCUACUAUGUAUGUGGAAAUCCUACGGGGCAGUGUAAAUACAUCAAGAAAACAAGUUUGCCUGCUGUUGCGUGUCCAAUUCAUCAAAGUGAUACCAUAGAACUACAGGCCAUUGGUGUGAGAAAAGGCUCAGCAGAAAAGAAGUGGCAGUAUCGUUGUCUGACAGGCAAGACAGAAGGAAAGCACAGCUGGUGCGGAUUCAAAGUUUUACAAGCAUUACAGAUGCAGGAAAAUAAAGAUGUCAUUUCAAGUAAAACAAAACACAUGAAAGAUGUGUCUGAUAUAAAGGAUAAACUUCAACCCACAUCUAAGAUGGUUGAAAAACUUCAAAAACCCAGCAUGGAAAAAUCCAAUAUUAAACCAUCUGUGAAAAUCUAUAAUGACGAUUGUGACGAGGAUAGAGUGUUUGAAGAAACCCGAAAAGUUAAUAGUAGAGACACUGUCAGAGCUGAACAGUCCAAACUCCUGAACACUGACUCAGAACUCAGUAAACUUAGUAAUGAUGUUGAAAAACUGAUGAAUAUAUCCACUGAAAAAUCCAAAGAAAAUACCACAAAACCCAAAUCCCAGGAAAAGAAUGUUGCACAGAAAAACGAAAACAGUGCAAAGGCUCCAAUGAGCUCAUUUGCAGCGAUUGCAAACAGUGCAUCUAAAAGUAAUACAGAUAUAGGGGUGUCACUAGCAGAUAGAAUACGUAUUAAAUCUGGAGAAGGAAGUUCAGUGAGUUCAAUUAAAUCAUCAGGUUCCCAAAACGAUUCAUUCAGUGAUUGGAGAACACCUGUGAAAUCAAAAUUAAAAUCCCCCCAAAAUGAUGCUGUUCCAUCAAUUCCUAAUCCUCCCAAAGAUGAUGAUGAUGAUUUAGAGAUAAUUGAGGUAAAGCCACCACAGAAGGAGGGAGUAAAUCAAGUGAAGUUCACAGCCACAGAGGGACAGCAUGGAAAGAUCGAAGCCACAAAAAUCAUAUCAUCAUCGCAAUAUUUCCAAAAACAGCAGUUAGAAGCUCAACUUAAAGAAAAGAGGCAACUCCUGAAAACAAUUCCUUUAGGGAACCUACCUGACAAGGGGGAGAGACUAAAGCAACAGGUUCAGACCCUUGAAAGACAGAUACAAGCCCUAACUUUGCAAUCAGCAAACCAGGGGGCGCCUCAAGGUCAGACAAACCAGGGAGUUUCUCAUGGUCCACAACCAGCUAGACAGCCAACCAUGGUUAAUGGCAUGCAGAUACCAGCUGGUGCAAAGGUUGUUAAAAUGACACUAGCUGAAGCAAAGGCAAAGGGAUUAAUAAACGACCAGGGCCAGGUCAGUUCUAAUGCUAAAGUUCUGCCUCAACAGCCACAUUUGCAAGCCAAUAUAAAACCAAAGCAGACUAGCAUGCUUCAAUAUGCACAACCAUUGCAGUCUCAUCAGAUUAGGGACAUGCACAAUAUGUAUGCAGCAAACCCUCAGAUGAUGACCCUUUAUGCUGGUGGUAGAAUGACUGCUGAGCAACAACGAAAGGUUGGCAUGGUAACCACUGAGGCCAUUGACAGAUUACAUGAGCAAUUUGAAAGCUGUCCCUCUCCCACAGAUGAGACUGAUGAUCCCAGGAGAUUGACUGUUCCUUUGAUGACACAUCAACGUCAAGCCUUAACCUGGUUGCUAUGGCGAGAGCAGCAAGAACCAGCUGGAGGAAUUCUGGCCGAUGAUAUGGGUCUUGGUAAAACUCUGACAAUGAUAUCUCUAACAUUGCUGCAGAAGCAGAUAAGAGAGAAACAGGUCAAAGAAAAAACUAAGCCCAAAGAGGAUGAAUGGUUGAGUAAAUUGGGCCAAGGUAUUGUAAAGUCUCAUGCAACCCUCAUAGUGUGUCCAGCUUCAUUGGUUCACCAGUGGAAGACAGAGAUAGAGCGGAGAUGUAAGCCUGGGACGUUAAAGGUUAUCCUUUAUCAUGGCCCCAAUAGAGAACCUGACAUUAACAAGCUUGCUGAAAGUGAUGUUGUGUUGACCACUUACUCCAUAGUCAGUAGAGAGGUUGGAAUACCUGAACACUUAAAGAAAAAUAAAGAAGCCCAGGAAACUGCAGUAAAGGACGAGGAUGAAAAUGUGGAAAAACAGGCAAACCUUUUACGAGUUGCCUGGCAACGUCUCAUUCUGGAUGAGGCUCAUCAAAUCAAGAACCACAAAAGUUUAAUGGCGAUGUCAGUGUGCCGACUUAGAGCUGGCUAUAGAUGGGCAUUAACUGGUACUCCUAUACAGAAUGACCUGCUGGAUAUGUACUCAUUGUUGAGGUUUUUGAGGUGUUCUCCAUUUGAUGAAUACAAAGUUUGGAAACGACAGGUUGAUAACAAAUCAUCUAAAGGUCAAGGUCGUCUAAAUAUCUUGGUGAAGAGUCUGUUACUAAGGCGCACUAAAGAUCAGAAGAGAUCUUCAGAUGGAGAACCCUUGGUUGCAUUACCAGAGAAGAAAACAAUUGUCCAUGAGCUGACACUAUCAGAAGAGGAAAAGCAUGUCUAUGAUGUCAUCUUUGAACAGUCAAGGAGUUUCUUGGUCAACUACAUUAAAAGGCACGAAGAGAAAGACAGUGUUGAUGGUUCAACCAAUCAGAGCAAUGGAUAUGCUUCAGCCCUUGAUAAUGAAGGCCAGGAUGUUGCGCCUGCAAGUCAAAUGGGCGGAGCCAACCAGGCAAUGGGAGGGGCUAAUCAAUUGAUGGGAGGAGGGAUUAGAUUGAUAAAUAAUGCCAAUCAAAGUGGUAAAACUCAGGGAGGAGGAGGUCAGAUUCUUCUUAUGUUGCUAAGAUUGAGGCAAUGUUGUAGUCACCUCGCCUUAAUGAAAGAUGCCAUAGAACCAGAAUCUGCAGAGACUGAAGGAAUAGAUCUGAAUCUAGUUGACCAGAUGAAAGACCUUGGAAUCAGUGAAACAGGAGGGCCAAAGGAACCAUCCAUCACCAAAUCUUCACCUAUAUUUGAAAAGUCUUCCACAAGCAGUAAAGUAUCUCAACUUAUGGAGCACCUGGAGCGCAUCAGAGCUGAGUCACCCAAGGGUCAGCCCAGAAAGAGUGUUGUUGUUUCGCAAUGGGUGAAGAUGUUGGAGAUUGUCGGGGAACAUUUGAAGAAGGCUGGUUUUAGGUCCUGCCUCAUUCAAGGCAAUAUACCUCCAAAGACACGGAUGGAAACGGUGGAUAAGUUCAAUAACGAUCCUCAGGGUCCAGAGGUUAUGUUGGUGUCUCUGAAAGCAGGAGGUGUUGGGUUGAAUCUUGUUGGAGGCAACAAUCUCUUCAUGAUGGAUCUACACUGGAAUCCAGCUUUGGAGCAGCAGGCAGGGGAUCGUGUCUACAGGGUGGGUCAGAAGCAUGAUGUCACAAUAUACAGGUUUAUAUGCAAGGGUACCAUUGAGGAAAAGAUUCAGGAGUUGCAGAAGAAAAAACUGAAUCUUGCCAAAGGGAUUCUUUCUGGUGCUGGUGCCAAGAAAGAGAAACUCUCAUUGAAUGAUCUCAAAAUGUUAUUUGACAUUCAUGAUAACACGGUGCAAAGGAUACCACAACCCAUGAUGCAACAUUCUUACCCAGGAUCCAAAUGGUAAAUGUAAACAUCUGAAUCGAGUAUCAACUCGAGAUCAACUCAAACAUAAGAGUUUAACAUUGAUAAUAAUAGACACCGGAUUUGAAACUCAUAGUGGAUUAAAACAAUUGCCUCAGAAAAAUGAAAUUUUUACCAAACAUUUUCAAUCAUUGGAUUGUUUUAUCUCAACAGCUGGUGUGACGAUGGAAUCAUGAGUGUAUAUUCAAAUGAAGUGUGAUGAGAUGAUCAGUAUUAACCGGAAAGAUUGUAAACCUAGAAAAAAUAUAGAGCUUUUAAGAAGACAUUGAACACUGGGGUCUCAUACAAUGGUUAUAUUAUCAAGGACAAACAUGUACUUUUAAUAUUCAGAUAUGUCUAGCAACAAAAAGUAGCCUAGCUUGCAUUUUCCAUCACACGCAAAUUAGUCCCUUCUAAAUCAUCAGAUAUUCAACAAAAAAGGUCAAAAUGUUCACAACUUGGGUACUAGUAUAUAUUUUUAAUUUGAUAGCCCAGAGACCAGAUGCUCAAUAAUUAGUUCUAUGUGUGUAGGCCUAUUGAAAAUCAGGAAUCUGUUAAGAUUUAGAGAUCAAAAGGAGUCAUGAACUACUGUACUAUCUAGUUAAUGUCUAGAUGGUAUAAUCAAGAACCACAAAACAAUAUUUAUAUUAUAAAGCAUAUAUUUUAUCAUAAUCAGUCUAAUAUAAUAGCAUACAUUAGUGAUGUGAUCAUCUUCGCAAUUUUGGAUAAUCAUGUUCGUUCGUU